AAUCAGCAGGAGCGCCUGCGCCUCCUCCGAAAACGAAAGCCCAAAACGUCAAAACUAGCCGAGCGGAGCGGCCAUCUCAAAUCGAAAUCCCGCUCACUCUCUCUCUCCUCCCCCGCUCCGCUCCCCAUUUCGUCCACUUCACCGCCGCAGAUCGCAAGCCCUAACCCUAGCCGGAGACGAGGGGAGAGGGCCUCCUCAUCUCGCUGCUGCUCCGCCAUGAACAACUUCCAUGUAUACGAGGCCAUCGGCCGCGGCAAGCACUCGACGGUGUACAAGGGGAGGAAGAAGAAGACCAUUGAGUACUUCGCCGUCAAGAGCGUCGACAAGUCGCAGCGCUCCAAGGUCCUCAACGAGGUUCGGAUGCUUCAUUCUUUAGAUCAUGCAAAUGUUCUAAAAUUUUAUUCCUGGUAUGAAACCUCAGCACAUUUUUGGCUGGUAUUGGAAUAUUGUGUCGGUGGAGACCUAAAGGGCUUGCUUGAGCAGGAUGAGAAGCUGCCUGAAAGUGCUAUGCAUGACCUGGCUUAUGAUCUUGUCAAAGCCCUCCUGUUCUUGCAUUCACAAGGAAUUAUAUAUUGUGACCUGAAGCCAUCAAACAUUUUGCUUGAUGAGUUUGGAUGUAUGAAGCUGUGUGAUUUUGGAUUAGCAAGGCGUUUAAAAGACAUUGAGAAGACCACUCCUGGAGAUGUUCCACAACCUAUGAGGGGGACACCAUGCUAUAUGGCUCCUGAGUUAUUCCGAGAGGGAGGGGUCCACUCAUACGCUUCUGAUUUCUGGGCGCUCGGUUGUGUGCUGUACGAGUGCUAUGCCGGAAAACCUCCUUUCGUGGGUAGUGAAUUUACCCAGUUAGUCAAGUCCAUACUUUCAGAUCCUACACCACUUUUGCCUGAUAACCCAUCAAGGUCCUUCCAAAAUCUGAUCAAUUGCUUACUCAUGAAAGACCCGGCUGAAAGACUACAGUGGUCCGAACUCUGUGAGCACAACUUUUGGAGAAGCAGUAUGCCGUUGAUUCCUUUGCCUCCUCAACCUGCCUUUGACAAGAUGGUUGGACUUUCUAGUACACCAUAUUUGGCUGAGAGAAAUGGGGAUAAACUCUCCAGACAGCUGACACCACCCAAGACCCGUGAAUACAACGGCUUGCGGAAGAAAGAUGAAAACUCUGGUCAGGGGUUCACUACCCCAGUUAAGAAUGUGCAAAGUAGUAAGAAAAAUAGUGCAAAACCUUCCUGCAAGGCUGAUGGUGGUCUCAAGGGUGUAAAUGUCCUCAGGAUGUCUCGCAUAGCUAAGAUAAAUUUGCAAAGGGAAAGGGACAAGGAGAACUACAGGCGUGGUCCCACAGACACAUAUGAAAAUGAGGCUAAAGUUAAGAUAGAAAAUAAUGACAUGGAGCUGGAUUUUGGUGAAAAUCCAGAAGGUGAUGCACCUGAUGAUAAUGAUGGAUCAGAUAAUACUGCAUCCACAGCAGAUGAAAAGCAAAUGGCUCAAGGCGCUGAUGGCAAUGAAGAGAAUUGCAUGAUAAAUCAGAUGGAUAUGCUCACAGAUGAGUGUUCUGUUAAGCCUGACACCGUGCAGAAAACUGAGCAGAACUGCUCAGAGGUUCUUGACGUGGUGGCCACUCCACCUAGCUUUGGUAUGAGGAAAGCACGUGCAAAGAUAACUUCUGGUGCUGCAACUGGUUCUGAGCCAUUGAACAUCUUUGAAGCAUUCUGGCAUCCAGCAGAUCUUGCAGUUAAACCAGUUAUGCCAAGUAAAAAAGGAGAUAAAGCUACAGAGGUGGUUCCUGUGCUUCCUUUUGAAGCUCUUCCCGCUGGUGAUUAUAUUAAGUUGCCACGAGAACAGAUGAAUGCAUUCAAUAGUCAGAUAAUUCAGAGUUUGAGUGGAACUUUUCAGGUCUCAGAGAAACAGAAUAUAAUCAGAUACCUGGAAAUGCUAAGCAUGAACUCUGAUGCUGCGAAUAUAAUCACUAAUGGCCCAAUUAUGUCGCUGCUUAUAAAGAUGCUCCGAUUGUCAAAAACUUCGGUUUUGCGUGUACAGGUUGCUUCACUUAUGGGGCUGUUGAUACGAUACUCCACUAUCCUUGAUGCAGAGUUAGCAAGUUCAGGAAUUGUUAAUGCCUUAUCAGAUGGUUUAAGGGACCGUCAUGAUAAACUUAGGAGAUCAUGUAUGGCAACACUGGGGGAAUUACUGUUCUACAUAUCAACUCAGUCUGAUGAAGAUAACAAAGAAAGCAAUGCCCAAGAAUCUCCUCUGAAGGACAACAAAUCUGCUGCUUCAUGGCAGGUUCCGAGUGCUGUAAUUGCACUGGUGUCAUCUAUCUUGCGUAAAGGUGAAGAUGACCUAGCCCAGCUUUAUGCUUUGCGAACAAUUGAUAACAUCUGUAGCCAAGGUACAGAUUGGACAUCAAGGUUUGCUUCACAAGAUGUAAUUGGGCAUCUUUGCUACAUCUAUAAAGCAACCGGGAAACAGGAGAAUACGAGGCUUAUUGCAGUAUCUUGUUUGAGUCGCUUAGCUCGCUUCAGUUCAUCAUGCAUUCAUUUAAUAUUGGAGAAGCUAUCAUUCAAGGAUAUGGCAUGCACACUGAUUAAGGGCAAUCCACGUGAGCAGCAGACCACUCUGAAUCUCCUGAACUCGGCAUUAGUUAACAGUCAUAACAUAGCAAAUAUGAAUCGCUAUAUUCUGUCCUUAACUGAGGAGAAACAAUUGGUCCCUGGACUCAUUUCGCUGAUAGAACAGGGAACUGAUGUUCUGCGUGGAAAAGCCCUCUUAUUUGUUGCUCUUCUUUGCAAAAACAGUCGAAGGUGGCUUCCACAUUUCUUUUGCAAUGCAAAAUUACUAUCAGCAGUCGAUAGAUUGGGAAAGGAGAAGGUUGGCUUCAUUCAUCAAUGUAUGGAAGCAUUUGUUCAGCUAGUUGCUUCUUUGGUCCCAGGCAUUCUUGACACUGUGUGCAGUGACAUACAGCAGGUCAUGGGUGGCAAACGUCAUGGACCCGUUACUGCUUUAACUGGGCGUUCUCAUCCAAAAAGCACAAUUCAUUUGUUUCCUGUUAUUCUUCAUCUUCUUGGGAGUGUAUCCUUCAACCACAGAGUUGUGACAAGUCAUGUAUUGCUCCAGUUGGCUAAUCUUAUGAAGAUUUUGGAGACGCCGUUUCAGGCCCGGGAUGAUUUCCAAAUGACAUUGCUUCGAGUUCUUGAGGCAGCUACAGAGGAGCCUUCUGUUAUACUUAAGGAACACAAAAUAUUCACAACUCGUUUCCUCCCAAGCUUAUCCAUCUUAUACAAGGGCAAUAAAGAUUGCGAUGCCAGAUUCCUGUGUUUGAAGAUACUAUCUGAUGUGAUGAUUGUGAUCUUCAGUGAUUCUUCAUUGACUGCGGAUGAGCGAACAGUAGCUGACCUGAAAACAAUCUCUCAUAAAUAUUUUCUCCCGAUGUAUCCUUCAUUUGCAGAGGACGAAGAUCCAAUACCUAUAUAUGCACAGAAACUUCUAGUGAUGCUGAUGGAACAUGAUUGUGUUAAAGUCUCUGAUAUCCUGAAUGAAGCAACAGUAUCCCAGUGCUUUGAAUUUUUGCUUGGAGAUCUGUCAAAUGCAAACGUAAGCAAUGUCAAGCUUUGUUUUGCUCUGGCUUCUGCUCCCGACAUGGACACAAAUAUUCUUUCACAGCUUCAAGUUGUCAGAAGAAUAGGAAAUCUACUCGAGUUUGUGACUGCAAAAGAUAUGGAUGAUUUUCUCGAGCCAACCUUGGAACUUUGCCGAGCCUUCAUUAUCCGUGGAAUUGGCAGCAACAGAAGUAUCGCCCUUACCAAAGAACCUGCUCUCCUUGUUGACAGCGCCUUCAGCAUGAGCAUUGCUGUUGAUCAACAAUCUUGUAUCAUGGAUAUAUGCGACCUUGGUGGCAGCAUGGGUAUAUUCCUUGAGGUAGUUGGAAAUUCAGAUCCACAGAUAAGUGAUUUGGCAUCUGACUGUUUGGUAUUAUUGCUCAAGGCAGCACCUCGAGAGGCUACGAUGGGCUUGUUGACCAAUCUUCCCAAAUUGAGUACUGUUCUGGAUGUGCUGAAGAAUGACGCUUGUCUGCGGCUGACUCGCCUGCUAUAUGGCCUAGCAUUCUCUUGCAGGCAGUAUCUAGCCCAAGGAAUGAUCCUGUCAAUAUCAGUACCGGCCUUGAUGCGAGUAGAAGCGCUUGUCUUGGCUUUCAAGGGUGCACAUGAUAGCCGCCUUGUCGAUGCUGCUUCCUACUUGGGUGCAGAACUGCAGCGCUUGCCUCGCUGUGGUUGAGCAGAAAUGUGGUCAAGGAGCCACUCAGCUGGCUGCCAUUGCACAAGUGAUCUUAAUUAGGAGGGCCUUGGCUUGGUAGUUCUGGCACCAAUUGUGUGCAGAGGGCCAUGGCCUCAUCAUCAGCGGGCAGCGUACUGAUCCCAAUGGCUACUCGCCGGCAUAAACUGCUGCCUGGUAUCUUCAUUCGUCGGUGUGCAGGGCGCUGUCGUGUAAUCGUUUGCCUCCGUCGAUGCGGGGCUGCUGUACAUGUUUAUUUUUCCCCUCAAAAUAUGGGAGGUGGCUGGAGGCCAGCAUCCUCUUCUGUAUUUGCUUGCCAAUUUUUGUUGGCAUGUAAGUUUUCAGUUUCAUGUAAUUUUCUAGUAUGUAUACAAGGUCUUCUUUCUGUUACAAACCAACAACUGGUAGGGGAUUUCUAUUAAGAUGGAUGUAUGGGAUCGGUACUAUUCUCCAAUAAGCAACUUUUACUUCAAUUA